ACCACGUGACAGGUUUGUUGCGGUGAGAUAUUUGUAAAGUGUAGAGCCGCGAGACAGAGCAGUGUGGAGCGAGCGCGCCGAAAACAUGGAGGUUUCCGCGGUCGGAGAGCGGGUUUUCCCAGCGGAAGCCAUUCUGAAAAGCCGCGUUAGGAAAGGUCGAAUUGAGUACCUGGUUAAAUGGAAAGGUUGGGCGCUGAAACACAGCACAUGGGAACCUGAGGAGAACAUCUUGGAUGAUCGACUCCUCGCAGCCUUUGAACAAAAGGAGCGGCAGCAGGAACUUUAUGGCCCAAAGAAACGGGGACCUAAACCAAAAAACUUUGUACUGAAGGCACGGGCACACGCGGGUGAUAGACCUCGAAGCUCAGAUACCCAACGCACUCCACCUCAAAUCUCAAAUACCCAACGCACUCCACCUCGAAUAACUGCCAAGCUUCCCUCCUCUUCCUCUUCUGCAAGUUCAGCUCCUCCUCAGCCUUCAUCGUCCUCUUCCUUCUCCACCGCUCCAACCCCCAGAGUGCACUCUCUCGCCGCUGCUCAUAAACUGAAGAAAGACAUCCAUCGUUGUCAUAGGAUGUCUCGACGACCUUUGCCUCGACCGGACCCCCUAGGCGAGCCCACAGGAUCCACAACCUCAUCCCGUCCUCCCAUCUCUCCAUUCUCUGAAACUGUCCGCAUCCUCAACCGCAGAGUCAAAACGCGGGAGGUUAAGCGAGGACGUAUAAUCUUGAACCUGAAUGUCAUUGACAAAUCCGAAAACAGUGGAGUAACAAGUAGAAGGUCACCACAGUCAUUCGGGGCACGGGCGAAAAUCCCAUCCCGAAAUCGCAUCAUUGGGAAAAAGCAGGGUGACAUGCCUUACAGGCCUUUUCAGCAUCCUAUGAAGAUGUUGGGUUUCCCGAUGUAUGGCCAGCCAUUUGGGCUCCACCCCUGUGGGUCAGUGUCCUCCAUGGCCAAUGAAGAAUCCAAAACUGGAGCCAAUCAGAGAGGUGGAAACUGCUGUGAUAGCCAUUCCUCUGCUAGUACACAGAAGUUUCAAUAUCAGCAUCCACCUUCUCCAUCCAGCUCCAGUGGGUCUAACAACAGCUCCCUUUCACUUCAGAAAACACAGACUCCACUUGAAGCUCCCAUGUCUCCAACUAAAUUGGACUCAUCAGCCUCAUCACGUUCCCAAGAUUCCUCCCAGCCUCACCCGAAGUCCAGCUCUGCGCCAUUCCUCCCUUCCUCACACUCCUAUUCUUCCUCUCCAUCAUUCUCUCUUGAAGAUGAAGACCAGGGCUCUCAGAAUCUUACUACUUCUCGAGGCAGAAAAAGGAAACUUCAACACCGAACCCAGGUGGGUCGAGCUUCGGUCUGCCAGGUUAGUGACUGCACUACCACCCCACUUCCUGAGGAAACUAGGGAGCCAAAAGAGGGAAAUCCCGAUUGGCACCCUGAAAUGACACCCAGCUGUACCAAUGUAGUCGUGACUGAUGUCACCACAAACCUUCUCACAGUCACCAUCAAGGAAUUCUGCCAAUCGGGAGCAGGUUCUAAACCUUCUUCCCCUUGCCAAGCUGACAACCCACCCUGACCCACAACAGAUGCCUCUUGAAAGUUCUCUCUAAACAUCUCCAACAAGAAUAUAUGCCCACUAAAUUCCAUGAGUACUUACCAUAAUGAUAUUCAUGCAUCCUAAAAUAGUUGGCCUUAAUUAAAAAGCAUUUUUGGUGAAAUUUAAUAAAUAUUGAAGUAAUCUUUACAGGCAGGGGUGCUUCCCUUGACCUCUGCAUUUUAGACAUGUUAUGAUGGUUUUGAAGUACUUCAUGCUUUUCUUCUUCUUCUUUUUUCCCCCAGUGAUCCUGCCUUUCCACAGCCUUUUUCCCAAGUAAAUGCGCCUUGUUUUGUCACCUCCAGUCCUGUAGAGACCGCCAUUCCCAUAUCUCCAGACCUUAAGUUCAGAAUCCACCCAAGAAAUGCUGAUCUCAACAGCUUUCUUGGACUUGAGAUGUUGCACCAAGACAUUUCUUUUCAUUUGAAGUCCAUUUUCAUUGGGAUUAUGAGCACAGGAUGCUUCACUCCUGCUUUGGAAGUUAGCCAGUGUGAGUGAAGAUUGUGUAUCUGCACAAUGAUUCAUUGAUCUCACCAACUUUUUCCUGUGCUGAUGAAGAACCCAAGUCAUUGUGGAACUUGCUAUGGUAUACAGGCAUAGACGUGACUGUAUUUAUAUGGACAAAGCUGCAAAAUCCUGAGGACAGUUAAGUUAUUUCCUUCCGCUUAAACUCUGCUCCGAUCCAGAUGUCUGCUUAGACUCAUUGCUGAUUCAAGUGUGAAUGCUGAGGACUGCAUUUGUAGUAUGGUACUGUACGUCAAACCUUCCACAUAAUCAACUACCCACUUUCGCUAUUGGAGAAGUACCUUCUCAUAUUUGCCUUCUGACUACAAUAGUUUGUGUUUCAUGUAAUGGUUACUGUAUUUUCGGGGCCGGUAACCAGAGGUAAUUUCUCUCAGAACUUGAUUGAAGGAGUUCAAAUACCAUUUAGGGACAUUUACACUAAGUGGGUCUCAAAAAUACCAAAUAUAACAAUAAGCUCUCUUUCGCGCUCUCAGACGAUACAGUAUGGGACCACGUGUGUUGUGUGUUAGGCUGGUGACUGCAUCUUGUUGGCCCUUGAGCUCGUCCCAUGUUGUCUGCAGGUCCGACUGGGCGCUAGCAUUGACAAUACAGACCUGGGAUAAAGCUAGCUUAGUUGGUGCUAGGGAUGUGUCAGUACUUAUAUUUUGGAACUUGUCCAAUACUGUGUACUCAUAAAAGUGCUCCAAUACCAAUGCAACAACUCUAUCUAUCUAUCUAUCUAUCUAUCUAUCUAUCUAUCUAUCUAUCUAUCUAUCUAUCUAUCUAUCGAGUAUUGGUAUUGGUUAAGUGAAUGGGCACCAGGGUCUGUAAUUCUCCAUUGCUUUGUGUGAGGAAUGGAUGGAAAAACAUUGUCUUGCUAGCCUUGGCCACCAUUCACUUUCAUUGUAGUGAAAAGAGUGGCUUGGACAUUCUGCUGAAGAACUCCUUUUAUGUUUUACUGAAGGAAGGUGAGUACAUCAUCACAAUGUUUGUGUAAACUUCAUUUAAUAUUUAGCAUGUUACUGAAAGCUAAAUGGUUUAGUUACAGCAUGGCGCAUUUUAUUAUUUUAGACUUUAUGAAGGUUGUGGGAAGCUUUUCGCUUAGGUUUUUUUGGGCAGUCCAGCAAGCAAUAUUAUAUAUAACCUGCCACAUUAGACUUGAAGAAACAGGUUAACACAAUUUAUGGCAGCUAACUUGGUUGUACCGAAGGAUGAUAAAAUGUCAAGACUCCACCGGAGGACAAAGGCAAACCUCAUAAAGUUCCACUUUAGUCAUACCGUCGUCCUCUAAUAGAGCACUAUAACUCUUUUAUCACUGUGCCUUUAGGGAAAUAUGAAAACCUUACAACAUUUUUAUGACUUUUAAAAAAAAAAUGUUCCCCGAAGUAUUUACAAAUAUUGACCAUUUUUCAUAUUUUUAGUAUGUGUAUAUAAUAACUAACUUUUAUUAACGUUAAGAUGGUUUUAGUUUUCUGGCUUCCAGACAUUAAUGUGAACUUAAUUCUUUUCUUUUUCAACGUUCUUUAAAUGGUUAAAUCAAUUAUUGUUAUUAAUAUGAAAUCAUAGUCGUGUGUUUAUCCCAGGUCUGAAAUAAUUAAUGUUCUGAUCAUAUCCCUGGUGCUGCCAUGCAUAGGGCGCCACAUGUGGUGCAUCUGUACAAUAAUAUCUACAGUUAUAUUGAAGCAUGUGUUGCCUUUAGCUGCUCUGUUUAAUCCCACUGUUCAAAACAGUCAAGUCCUUGUUUACCUUUACAUCUUUAAUGUUAGAAAAUGUCACUAUGGUGUGCAAGAUGUUUUCUCCUAAACAGGUAGCUUAGCACUAUGAUAACGUGGCCUACAUUUGGUGCAGUAGGGCUUGCCAUUUGUAGGUUGUAGCCACCAGGGACCCUCACUGCACAGACAAUAAGAUAUUGUUUAAAAUGGUUAGGAUAAAGGUAUACUGGAGGUAACAUCCUCUAAAAUGAGUGUCUGAUAGGUUUUUUUGUUUGUGAUUUUUGUUUGUGUUAAGAAUCAUUAUUAUUAAUUUUUCCAUGCCGUAGAAAUGAAUGAUACGUGCUGCCUUUAUUUUAUAGCCAUUGUUGUUCAAUUUUACUAGUCUACUUUGGGUUUGAAAGAAUGUAGAACCCGAAAAAAAAGAACUAAGUGUGAUUUCUGAGUUAUCCGUUUGGUAAUGUGUACGGUAAAUGCCAUUGAUGAAGCCGAUUAUGAUAAUGGACUUGUUGCUUUGACAUUGUAAUGUAGUGGGUGCAUGAUUUGAGAAUCCUAAUUGUACAUUUAAGUGUCAUAAUGUUGUUGCUUUGUGUUUUCCUUGAAAGAGCUUUGAAUAAAAUCACUUUAAAGACA